AUGUUGCUCGCGGCGGCGGGGAUGCCGGAGAGCGCGCCGCGACCGGGACCGAAGCUUCGACCGCUGAGCGCGGAGGCGACGGCGUUCGGAGACGCGAGAGACAGAAUCUUUGAGGCGGCAAACGAGCGAAAACAAAAGAUACGAUUGGCGCUGCAGUCGUUACAUCUCAGACGGAGGCAGCUGCGGCGCUCGGAGGCGCCGCGAGAGCAGCCGAGCGCGGAGCAGUUGCAGCUUAGGAAACAGAGGGAGGCGGAGAAUUUAGCGUGCGAGCGAGAGGUCGCUCGCUACAAGGAGUUUGCUCGGAAAACGUUCGCGGCCGGGAUAGGGGCGCAGCUUCCCGUGGUCCAAAAGCUGCUGGCGUCGUUUUACGUCCCACUUGUGGACGCAAUCAAAGAGGAGCACGAGAAGAUAAAGUCGAACGUUCCCGGCGUUGAUCGACGCGUGUACGGGCACUACUUGGCGCUGUUAGAGCCCGAGAAACUGGCGGUGCUCACGCUGCAUACGACGUUGAGCACACUCAUGAAGGGAGACUUGCGCCUGGAUGUGCCUAUUUUCAGGGGUGAUGACGACACAGCGGCAUCAGGAAGCGCGAAGUUCAUCACCGUCGCGGAGCAGGUAGGCAUCGUGGUGCAGGCAGAGGUCAACCUUGGACGUAUGCGAGCCGCGGAGAAGAUCGCCAAGGAGGCGUACAAGAAAUCGAGACAACAAACAACGCUCACUGCCGACGGCGGCAAUGCAGCGUCGAAGGACGUCGAAGAGCUGGUUGAGCAGAGGAUCAACUUGACGCUGGACACUUCGAAGAUGAACACCAUCAAGUCGGUGUCCAAACACGCGAGAAAUGCGCUCGAGAACGCCGAGUGGGGACGGGAGAUCCGCGUUAAAGUAGGAACGGUACUCUUAAACGCGUUGAUGAAUACUGCGAAGAUCGGGGUCCCAGAAGAAAACGGUGGGGUCUUGACACUUCCGGCGUUUUAUCACGACUACAGGGAGGGUGGUUACGGGAUGUUACACUGGCAUGACAGUAUCUAUAGAUUUAUCAACACAGAGACGAUGACGCGCGCGGCACUAGUACCGGUCAAACACUUCCCCAUGAUCGUGCCGCCUAGAGAGUGGGUUAGGUACAACAAUGGAGGUUACCUGCGGGCGAACACGCUGUGCAUGCGAGGCAAGUACUCCAAUGAAGGUCCUAGUCGCGCGCAGGUGCAGGCGCUGGAAGCCAAGGCGCGCGAGGCUGAACUCAAGAAUGAACCGGUGCUAUAUCAGCCGGUCCUGGACGCCCUGAAUGCGCUCGGACGAACGCCUUGGCAAGUAAAUACUGACGUGCUACCCAUCGUUGAGGAGGUGUGGGCGAGAGGCGGAGGCAUCGCGGAGGUUCCACUUCGCGCCGAGUUACAGCUCCCGCGUUGGCCUGGAGGAUCUUACGCUCUCCGAAGCGACAAAAACCGAUUCCAGCUCCUCGCAAGUGGGCUUCCGGGGAAAGGCGAAGUGAUUGAAUUCUUGCAGAGCGUGCGGAAGACGAAGAAAUCGAACAUGGAGCUCCACUCGCAGCGUUGCGACUUCUUGAUCAAACUUCAGGUGGCAAGGGAGAUGAAAAAUGAGCCAAACAUAUAUUUCCCACAUAAUCUGGACUUUAGAGGACGCGCGUACACGAUGCACGUGCACUUGAAUCACAUAGGAAGCGAUUUGUGUCGAGGUUUGCUUCGCUUCAGCGAAAAGAAGCCUCUCGGCGAACGCGGUUUGCGGUGGAUGUAUAUUCAGUGUGCCACGCUCUUCGGUAAUGGCGCCGAUAAGCUCCCUAUGGAUGAACGAGUACAGUUCAUCGUGGAUCAGAUCGAGCAAGUUCGCGCUUCUGCCCAGGAUCCACUGGCCAAGGGUGCGUGGUGGCAAGAUGCCGAGGAACCCUGGCAGUGUCUGGCCACGUGCAUCGAGCUGGAUAAGGCGCUCGAGCUGGAAGAUCCCACACAGUUCUUGAGUAAUCUCCCUGUGCAUCAAGACGGUUCGUGCAACGGUUUACAGCACUACGCCGCGCUUGGGCGAGAUUUGCACGGUGGCGAAGCCGUGAACCUAGUUCCGGCAGACAGAGGCGCCGACGUCUACACCGGCAUUGCAAACGUACUCAAGCGCAUCGUCGCCGAUGAUAUCAAACUCAUCGACAGUGACAACGAAGAGGACGUGGCGAAUGCAAAGCUUGCGAUGGCUCUCGCGCACCACAUCGAUCGUAAACUCGUGAAGCAGACGGUUAUGACUUCUGUGUACGGUGUGACUUUCAUCGGAGCCCGGGCACAGAUAUAUAGCCGUCUGCGCGAGCGCGAAGUCAUGGAGGAUAACGAGCUUCUCAGAUACCGCGUCUCUACCUACGCCGCGCGGAGGACGCUCGAUGCUCUGAAUAACAUGUUUUCUAACGCUCGGGAUGUCAUGGGUUGGCUCACCGACUGCGCCGCGAUAGCCACGGCGACGGGUGAACCGGUCAGAUGGACGACUCCACUUGGAUUACCCGUGGUACAGCCGUAUCACCGUAAAUCAACCAAACGCGUGAGAACUAUACUUCAAUCCUUCACCAUCAAGACAGACGACGACAAACAACCGGUGAUGAAGGUGAAACAGCGCAGCGCGUUUCCACCGAACUACAUUCACAGCAUAGAUAGUUCGCACAUGAUGAAGACAGCCGUCGCGUGCGUCGACGCUGGAUUGACGUUUGCCGGCGUGCACGACUCGUUCUGGACGCACGCGUGCGACAUAGAUACGAUGAACAAAAUCCUUCGAGAGAAGUUUAUCGAGGUUCAUAGCGAGCCGCUUCUGGAGAACCUGUACGAGGAGUUGCGCGAAAGCUAUCCCGACGUCGCGGAUAAGUUUCCUCGACCUCCAAAGCCCGGGGACCUCGACCUGAACGUCGUCAGGGACUCUGUGUACUUUUUUAGUUGA